UCACUCAAUCUUGAGUCAGAGAUCUAAUACGGGACCCACAAUUUAUCGUCUUUGAGACAUAAAUAGCCAGGGAACUGUGAAGGCAAAUCAGACGCAGAGCUUGUUUUGGAGUGUGAAACAGGGAAAUGAGCUUCCGACCGUUAAAGUCACUCCCGCCAACAGAAACCCUAGAAAUCGGGAGCGGUCUUUCAUUGGUUCCUCGCGUGAAACUCCUCCUUACCAUCUACCGCUCGGAUCCCUCCGUCAAACCCAUUGACGAGUGGCAGCUCAAACGUGCUCUCAUAGACUUCCUCAAGAACUCCCUCUCUGUCUCCCUCACCGUCCCCGAAGAAGAUCUCGAUAUCCGCAGAUUCAAGGAUCUGAAAAAGCGCAAGCGCGAAGAUCCAGUUGCCUCCGGAACUCUUUACGUGCGAGAUUUAGGGUUUCUUAGUAAGACCAGUAAGAACAAGCAGAAUUUGACUUAUGAAGACGACGAGGAAGAAAAUGUUGAGGUGUUAGAGAAGAAGUUCUUCGACUGGAAAAGAUCCCUUGUGGAUAGGUUGGAUGGUAUCGAGUUGAAUCUCGAAGGAGUGAAGUUCAGGUUGAACGUCAGUAUCCCUCCUUGUGAUGAUUUUGAAGGACUGAAGAAAGCUUGGGAAGAUUUUUACGCGUUCAACAAUCGAGGAUCUUAUUCAAGGGGUGGGAGACAACAGCCCGACACAAUUAUUUUGAGAGGUGUUCCAUCGAGAUGGUUCGCGGAACCACGAGUUUCUUCCAAGCCUUCUAUGCUGGUUACACAUACUAUUUUCUCUGUAUUUGGAAGGAUAAGGCAUCUUAAUGUUGCGGAGGACAAUGAUCUAGGUAAGAAUUCGGAUGAGGAAAGUGAAGAUCUUGUGUCAGGUCUCCAGUGCAAGAUUGUGGUUCAGUUUGAGAAAUACGAAGACUUCCAUAAUACUCUGAAAGUGUUUUGUGGGCGUUCUAUACAAAAGCAAGGAUCACGCCUUAAAGCUGACUAUGAGGCAACAUGGGUUAAGGAUGGUUUUUUCCGAAAUGCUCAGCAAAGAGUAAUAAACAGUCAGAUACAAGAGAAGAAUGGCCGGUUGCAGGCAAUGCCAGCAGGUCACUAUGAAAGUGUGGCUCCAAAACCUCAACCACAGAUUGCACGGUUUAGUUCUGAAAGUGCACGGCUGAAGAGGUUCAAGGAAUAAGGUAUUAAAUUAAAAUUUGGAUGAGCAUUUCUUGGUUCAAGCUCAGACAGAAAAGACUCCUAAUUUGGUCAUGAAGAACUUUUCUUUGCUAGAGAUUAAUUUUGCAGUGUCAUUAUGUCUCUCGGAUUGGCUAAACAUUCUCUGCAUAAAUUGGCAAAAGAAAGGUAUACCAAUUAUGUUGUACUACUGAUUCCCUCACUUUAUGUUUUCAAUGCCUUGAAAUCAGGAACAUGAAGUGCUUUUACAUGUUUCCCAAACAAUGAUCUAUUUAUCUCAUUCCCUUUUUUUGAA